CAGAGGAGACGCGCCAGGGCCACUCGCACGGGACCGGACCCCGGGGCGAAGGGGUGAGGAGCAGCUCCCCACCCCGGGGCAGGAGCGGGGCCCGGAGGAGCAGGGCCCCGGUCAGCGGGCACGGCACGGCACGGCACGGCACGGCACGGCCCUCAGCAUGACAGAAGAAGUGCCCGCAGCUGCCACCAUGCCGGCGUGCAACGGGAGCGUUCCCCUGGAGGAUGGCCCACUCCAGGUCAUCGGCGGCAUCGAAGAAAUUGCAAAAUCUGUUGGGACAGUCCCGUAUGCCAAUGCAGAAACGAACCCUGACGCUUCACCUGCAAAGGAAAACCUGGAGGAGAAUAGAAAUUCGCUGGCAGAGGACAUCACUCCUGAGAACUUUGCCGGAGAGAAGCGAUGCCAAGAAAAGCGAGAGGAGAACGUUGGGACGCUACAGCAGGGACCAGCGGAUAUCCAGGACACAGGGACCAAUGGCCAGGGACCAGGGGAAGGGCCGGGUGGCACAGCGGGGACAGCCGCGGCGGAGACCGUGCCAGGCAGCGCCCACGCCACAGGGAACGCGGCCGGGGAGGCGGAGGAGGAAGAGGCGGAGGAGGAGGACACGGAAGAGGAUGAAGUUCAGGUGAUCGAAAUCAAGAAGGAGAACAGCGAGGCGUCCCGCCUGCAGCCGCCAGACAGCGGCAAGCAGCCAUCGCCCCCGGCCAGCCCCGGCUGCAACUCCCCGCUGGAGAGAGCGGGGCAGCAGCCCGGCCUGGGCAAGAAGAACGACAUCUCCAGACACAGCUAUUCCAGAUACAAUACAAUCUCCUACCGGAGGAUCCGCAAAGGAAACACCAAACAGCGGAUCGACGAGUUUGAGUCCAUGAUGCACUUAUGAACUGAGGGGGAAGUGCGUGCCGAACGCACCGGGCCUUGGCUCCGGGCUUGGUUUUACUUUGUUCCCCCACGACGUGUCUCUCCACACAACACGAGGUCACCGCUUUCCUUCUUUUUGUAUAUGAUUUAUAAUACACUGUGAAAAUUUAACAUCUUGGCUUUGACGGGGCAGAGGCAUCCGUAGCGCAGGAAAAUAAAUAAUCAGUUUGCUAAAUACACACCCGUUGGA